AUGUGGAAGCAGAUUCACGACCAAGAACCAGCGAUGACGGUACAAAGUACAAAAGCUGAGUUGGUGAGAUGUCCGCCGAAUCACAUGCAGUGCAUUGGCUCCAAAAGGUGCAUCCACUUUAAUAAACUUUGCGAUGGAGCGAGAGAUUGUGAGGACGGAUAUGACGAAGGAGUACACUGUCGAGAACUCCAGCCAAAGUGCCAAGAGUUGUUGUGUCAGUACGGCUGUGUCAAAAUGAGAAACAUGACGUUCUGCUUCUGUGCUGAUGGCUUCGAGGUGGAACAGGAUGGUCGAGCCUGCAGAGAUCACGACGACUGCGCAGUAUAUGACACAUGUAGCCAGACCUGUAUGAACACCUUUGGAUCAUAUAGAUGUAGCUGUACAGAUGGAUACAUCCUACAACCCAACAGAAGGUCCUGUAAAGCCAAGACCGAUCCUGGGGACAGACCACCUGUGUUGCUGAUUGCGAGUACAGAACAUAUCACAGUCACACACCUCAAUGGGUCUUCUAUACCCAACCUAAAGCAAUUGGAUACUAAUCAGACGAUUCACACAUUCGAUUUCUAUUACAAGGAGGAAUCAUUAUGUUGGAUCUCCUCUACAAACUCCAACGGUCAGCUUUGGUGUGCCACCAUGACAAAGUUAAAAGGCUUUUCACAGAUGCGAAGCGUAAGGAUAGGAGAGAAUCUAGAGAAUGUGGAACAUUUUGCCAUAGACUGGCUCACAAGAAACAUUUACUUUGUGGAUAGAGUAAGUGAAAGAAUAUAUGUCUGCAAUGAACAAGACAACACAUGUGUCACCAUAGUCGAUCUGGAUCUGCAAAACCCUGGUGGAAUUGCUCUCGAUUCAUUGAUGGGGAAAAUGUUCUUUACGGAUCUGGGGAGUACAGCCAAGUUGGAACAGUGCAAUAUGGACGGAACCAACAGAACCAGGAUAGUGGAGAACAGAAUAGAGAAGCCCACAGCUGUUACUCUAGACCUGGUUAGAAAGCUGGUCUACUGGGCAGAUGCUGCCCUGGACUAUAUCGAAGUGGUGGAUUACAAUGGGAGCAACCGGCACACUGUUAUCCAUGAAAGCUCUCUGCUGCACCUCCACGGAUUAUCACUCUUUGAAGAUAUUUUGGACAUUUUACAGAUAAAUCGGUUGAACGUAGCAGACGUUCAAACUGUAACCACCGUGGAGAAUUCCGUGGGAAUACGUGUUUACCAAAAAACUCGCCCCAACAACAGGACUCAUGCGUGCGAUCCCGAUCCGUCUGGAAGAAAAGGAGGAUGCUCUCACAUGUGUCUGCUCAGUGGAAGUUACAAAUCCCGAUCCUGUCGCUGUGGAACAGGCUUUGUACUGGGAAGUGACAGAAAAUCCUGCAAGAAGCCUAUGAAUGAGGUAUUCCUGUUCUACGGACGAGGGAGACCCGGUGUCAUCCGAGGCCUGGACCUGAAUAGCAAGUCGGAGGCUGAGCACAUGGUACAGAUUGACAAUCUUGUAAACCCUCGGGCGAUCGGCUUCCAUGCAGAGACCAGCCACAUAUACUUUGCCGACACAACCAGCUUUCUGAUUGGCCGACAAAGACUGGAUGGGACCAAUCGAAAAACGAUCCUUAAAGAUGACCUUGAUAACGUGGAGGGGAUCUCAGUGGACUGGAUAGGGAACAACUUGUACUGGACAAAUGACGGCUACAGGAAAACAAUCAACGUUGCCAGAUUGGAGAAGGCUGCACAAACAAGGAGAACUCUGUUAGAAGGAGACCUGUCUCACCCCAGAACGAUCGUGGUGGACCCUCUGCACAGCUGGAUGUACUGGACAGACUGGGAGGAGGAUGAGGUGAACGAUAGUGUUGGCAAGAUAGAGAAAGCCUGGAUGGAUGGAUCCCACCGGCAGGACUUUGUCACUUCWGYCAUCCUGUGGCCUAACGGACUCACURUAGACCAUGGCUCCAGUAACAUGUACUGGUGCGACGCUUAUUAUGACCACAUAGAGAAAAUCUCCCUCGAUGGUACCCACAGAACGGUGGUGUWUAACGGCAAAGAAUUAAACCAUCCUUUUGGAAUUUCCCUGCACCAGAAUUCCGUUUUCUGGACAGAUUACAUGAACGCCUCUAUUUUCCAACUGGACUUGCAGUCAGGGCAGGUUGCUCUGAUGAGAAGCGAGAAACCCCCUAUUUUUGGGCUAUCUGUGUACGAUGCUCAAAGGCAGCAAGGUGACAAUGCGUGUGGGGUUAAUAAUGGUGGCUGCGGUAGCCUGUGUCUGGCCAUUCCCGGUAGCAGAGUGUGUGCCUGCGCUGAUAACCAGUACCUGGACAAGAAUAACCUCACCUGCUCCUGGGACCAUGGGGAGCCACAGAGAUGUGGGAAUGAAGAGUUCCAGUGUAGGAACCAGCGUUGUGUCCAGGCCUCCUGGAAAUGUGAUGGGGACCAUGACUGUUUGGACGGAAGUGACGAGGAACCGUACAUCUGCUAUAAUCGUAGUUGCCCUGCGGAUCAGUUCAAGUGUCUGAACAACCGCUGCAUCCCCAAGAGGUGGCUCUGUGACGGGACCAACGACUGUGGGAACAACGAGGACGAGUCCAACUUCACCUGCUCUGCGGGAUCAUGCCGAGCGGACCAGUUCUCCUGUGAGAACGGGAGAUGCAUCCCGGAGUCCUGGCGCUGUGARAGGGAUGACGACUGUGGGGACCACUCUGAUGAGACCGCCUCUUGUGAAUUUUUGAUUUCCCCCACAUGUGAGCCCCUCACACAGUUCAGCUUCCAAGGAAGGUGCAUCAGCGUGAAAUGGCACUGUGACUCAGAUGAUGACUGUGGGGAUGGUAGUGCGAGUGGGUUGUGCCAUGCCUGUUCCAGUGCCCAAUUCCAGUGUGCCAGUGGGAAGUGUAUCCCUGACCACUGGGCCUGUGACGGGGACGAUGACUGUGGGGACAACAGUGAUGAGGACACCACAUGCUCUGGGACAGCCUCGGUAUCAGCUGAGGACUGCAGCGCAGAUGAGUUCCAUUGCCGGGACGAUGGUGGCACCUGUAUCCCCGAGCGCUGGCGGUGUGACGGGGAUAAGGACUGCGAGGACGGGAGUGACGAGGCAGACUGUGAAGGCACCAGCAGAAUGUGCGACCCGCACGCAAAGUUCACCUGUCAAACCUCAGGCAAGUGUAUCAGUAAGAGCUGGGUGUGUGACGGGGACCAUGACUGUGAGGAUCUGUCUGAUGAGGAAGGCUGUGAGGUGUCGCCCUGUAAGCCCCCCAGGUACCCCUGUGCCAACGACACCUCCGUCUGCCUGCCUCCUGAGAGCAUCUGCAACGGGAGAUACGACUGCCCUGACCACUCUGACGAGGGACACUUCUGUGACGAUUGCAUUUUGGGUAACGGCGGCUGUAGCCACCAGUGUGCAGUGGCUCCUGGGAGGGGCGUGGCGUGCUCCUGCCCGCCGGGGCUCAGUCUUGGCCCAGACGGCAGGACGUGCCAGACCCUGGACUAUUGUUCCAGGCACCUCAAGUGCAGCCAAGUGUGUGAGCAGUACAAAGCAACCGUCAAGUGUUCCUGCUACCCAGGCUGGAGGCUGGAACUAGAUGGGGACAGCUGCCAGAGUACAGAUCCCUUUGAAGCAUUCAUCAUAUUCUCCAUCCGCCAUGAGAUCAGGAGGAUAGAUCUGCACAGACGAGACUACAGCCUUCUAGUUCCUGGUUUGAGGAACACGAUCGCGUUAGACUUCCACUUCAAUCAGAGUCGACUCUACUGGACCGAUGUGGUUGAGGAUAAGAUAUACAGAGGGAAGCUGCUAGACUCUGCUGGUGUGACAGGGAUUGAAGUGGUGGUCCAACAUGGAUUGGCUACUCCGGAGGGUUUGGCUGUUGAUUGGAUAGCAGGGAACCUGUAUUGGAUCGACAGCAACUUAGAUCAGAUAGAGGUGGCCAAACUAAACGGGGAGCUCCGGACCACACUGAUCGCCGGAGGGAUGGAGCACCCACGAGCCAUCGCUCUGGAUCCUGAGCUGGGAAUUAUUUUCUGGACAGACUGGGAUGCCACCUUCCCUCGGAUCGAGGCUGCUUCUAUGAGCGGAGGAGGACGCCAUGUUGUCUUCAGAGACAUGGAGAUAGGAGCCUGGCCUAAUGGUCUUACUCUGGACCUUAUGGAGAAGAGGGUCGUGUGGACCGAUGCCAGGUCUGAUGCCAUAUUCUCUGCUCUGUACGAUGGGACUGGUAUGAUAGAGAUUCUGAAGGGACAUGAGUACCUGUCACAUCCCUUCGCUGUCUGUCUCUACGGGGGUAGUGUCUACUGGACUGACUGGAGGACCAACACUCUGGCCAGGGCUAACAAGUGGACAGGGGCCAAUGUGACAGUCAUCCAGAAAACCAGCGCCCAGCCAUUUGACCUUCAGAUAUAUCACCCCAGCAGACAACCACAAGCCUCAAAUCCCUGCGAGGCGAAUGGCGGUCGUGGACCCUGCUCCCAUCUGUGCCUUAUCAACUACAACCGCACCGCGUCCUGUGCCUGCCCUCACCUCAUGAAGAUAUCUGCGGACAACUUUUCCUGCUUCACACUGAAGAGAUUCCUUCUGUAUGUGAGGCGAACAGAGAUCCGUGGCGUGGACAUUGACAACCCGUACCUGAAUCUCAUCACAGCCCUGACGGUCCCAGAUAUAGACGAUGUCACAGCAGUGGACUACGACGCAUCAGAGGAACGAAUCUACUGGGCUGACGUCAAAACACAAACCAUCAAACGGUCCUCCAUCAACGGAACCGCAAUAGAGGCGAUAAUAUCCGGAGGUAUUGUUAAUGUAAGAGGGCUGGCCCUGGACUGGCUCUCCAGGAAUCUGUACUGGAUUAGUUCAGAAAGCGACGAGACACAGAUAUACGUGGCGAGGCUAGACGGGUCCCUGAAAACCUCUGUGGURCACGGGAUUGAGAAGCCCAAGUGUCUCACUGUACAUCCGUCUAAAGGGAAAAUGUAUUGGACAGAUGGCAACACAAUCAACGUGGCCAACAUGGAUGGAAGCAAUAUCAAGAUCAUUCACCAGAACCAGAGAGAGCCAGUUGGCCUGUCGAUAGACUACACAUCAGACAAGCUGUAUUGGAUCAGUGGAGGCAACGGCACCAUCAACAGGUGUAGUCUGGACGGUAGUGGUCUGGAAGUGCUGGAGACCAUGAAGAAAGAGCUGCUUAAAGCCACGGCUCUAGCUGUUAUGGGUGCCAAGUUGUGGUGGGCCGAUGACAACUUGGCCCAGUUGGGGACCGUCAGUAAGAGAGGUGGGCUGGACAUGGUGGUUUUACGCAACAAGACCACAGGGAUUGUUCAUAUGAAGAUGUAUGACGAAGACAGCCAGACAGGGAGGAAUCUCUGUCAGGAGAACAAUGGUGGCUGCUCUCAGCUCUGCUUCCCAACAUCAGAGAGCACACGGUGCUGUUCCUGUGCCGCGGGCUACAACCUCCACUCCGACCGCAUGUCAUGUGAAGGCAUAGGGUCUUUCCUGAUGUACUCAGUUCACGAGGGCAUCAGGGGGAUAUCCCUGGAUCCGAGUGAUAACAGUGAAGCCUUGAUGCCGGUGACCGGCUCAAUGAUGGCUGUGGGGAUUGACUUCCAUGCUGGAAAUGACACGUUAUAUUGGACAGACAUGGGCUUGAACAGAAUAUCCAGAGUCAAGCGAGAUCAGACGUGGAGAGAGGACAUUGUCACUAGUGGUAUCGGCCGUGUGGAGGGGAUUGCAGUGGACUGGAUUGGAGGUAAUAUCUAUUGGACGGACCAUGGCUUCAACAUCAUCGAGGUUGCUCGACUCAGUGGCUUGUACCGAGCCGUGGUGAUAGCUGAAGGACUUGAUCAGCCCAAAGCCAUUGCUGUGCACCCGGUGAAAGGGUUUCUGUUCUGGACAGAAUGGGGCCAAAGCCCCUGCAUCUGUCGGGCCCGGCUGGACGGAUCAGACCAAGUAAUUCUGGUCAACUCUGGAAUACAUGGCCCCAAUGGGAUCUCCAUAGACUUGAGGGCUCAUGCCAAUGGCUCCAUUCGCCGAGGUGUCAAGAGUUAUGCAAUGGAGGGAGCCAUGACUCUGAGGAGUGGCCUGGGGGUCAACCUGAACGAUGUCAAAGUCUUUAACCGAGGACGGGAGAAAGGAACCAACCCGUGUGGCCAGAACAACGGAGGUUGCCAUCAGCUGUGUUUCCACCAGGGCAGUGGGAGGAGGACGUGUUCCUGUGCUCACGGCUACCUAGCUAAAGACGGUCUCAGCUGUCACCAGUACGAUGGCUACCUUCUCUACUCUGAGAGGUCGAUCCUGAGGAGCAUCCACCUAUCAGACGACAGCGACCUCAACUCUCCCAUCAGGCCCUAUGAGAACCCUGCCUACUUCAAGAAUGUGAUAGCACUGGCCUUUCAUCACCGACAACAGAACUCUGGAGGCACCAACCGGAUUUUCUAUAGUGACGUUCACUUUGGGAAUAUACAGGUUGUCAAUGACGACUGGACUGGACGGAGAGUGAUCGUUGAGAAUGUGGGGUCAGUAGAGGGCCUGGCGUACCAUGGAGCCUGGGACUCGCUUUAUUGGACCAGCUCCACCACAGCCACCGUCAGCAGGCACAGCCUGGACCAGAGCCUCCCCGGGGCCUUCACCAGAGAGGCUGUGGUUACACUGGCAGAGGAAGACCACCCACAUAACCUGGCUCUGGAGGAGUGUCAGAACCUGAUGUUCUGGACUAACUGGAAUGAACUGCACCCCAGCAUUAUGAGAUCCACCCUGUCAGGAAACAAUAUCCAGAGUGUCAUCACCACAGACAUCCUCACACCUAAUGGACUCACCAUCGACCACACCGCUGAGAAACUCUUCUUCUCCGAUGGCAGUCUGGGAAAGAUUGAACGAUGUGAAUAUGAUGGCUCACACAGAUAUGUGAUUAUGAAGUCAGGUCCAGGAACCUUCUUUGGCCUGGCUAUCUAUGGGAACUUCCUGUUCUGGUCUGAUUGGGUACGGAGGGCGGUGGUACGCUCCAAUAAGUACACAGGUGGCGACAUUAAGGUCCUCAGAGCCGACAUCCCCCACCAGCCAAUGGGAAUUGUUGCAGUUUCCAACAAUACCAACAAUUGUGAACUAUCCCCUUGCACAGUGCUGAACGGUGGAUGUCAUGACCUUUGUCUUCUGACCCCUCACGGCACAGUCAACUGUAGCUGCAGAGGAGAGAGACUAAUACUGGAAGAUAACAGAUGUGUAUCUGAAAACUCCUCCUGCAACAUCCACACUGAGUUUGAGUGUGGGAACGGGGAGUGUAUCGACUAUCAGCUGACAUGUGACGGAAUAGCACACUGCAAAGACAAGUCUGAUGAGAAAAUGAAAUACUGUGAUAACAGAAACUGUAGACGGGGCUUCAAGAGCUGCUAUAACCAGCGCUGUGUGGUCAAUAGGCGGGUUUGUGACGGGGUGAACGACUGUGGAGACGAUUCCGACGAGGUUUAUUGUAACAAUCCCACAUGCUCUCCCUCAGACUGGCGUUGUCUGAACGGGGUUUGUAUUCCGGCCUCGGCCCGCUGCAAUCAGAUCAUCGACUGUCCCGACGCCUCAGAUGAGAAGAACUGCAGCAACACAGGCUGCUUGAAUUACUACAUGCUGGGGGUGAAGGAGACAGUGUUCGUCAGCUGCAACUCUACCUCCCUCUGUGUCCACCCAUCCUGGAUAUGUGAUGGAGCCAACGACUGUGGGGAUUAUGCAGAUGAAACCAACUGCCGAACUCCUUCCCUCAGAAAGAGAUGUGAGGAAGGCCAUUUUGCUUGCCCCAAUGGAAACUGCAUCCACACUGUCUGGCUGUGUGACGGAGUGAAAGACUGUGAAGACGGAACAGAUGAAUUCCAGUGUGACUUGUCCUGCCUGUGGAACCAGUUUGCCUGCUCUAAGAACAAGUGCAUAGCCAAGCAGUGGCUUUGUGACGGAGAGGACGACUGUGGGGAUGGACUGGACGAGAGCGCAGAGACCUGUGGUACGGCUACCUGUGGCCCAGGGUUGUUUAGUUGCCCAGAGUCAUACGGCUGCGUCCCCAAACACUGGCUUUGUGAUGGGGAGAGGGACUGUCCAGAUGGGAGUGACGAGCUCUCUGCUGCUGGCUGUGCCCCCAACAACACGUGCAUGGAGGGAAUGUUCCAGUGUCGUAAUCAGAUCUGCAUCCCACAGCGGUUCGCUUGUGACCGUGAUGAUGACUGUGGAGACGGCUCCGAUGAGACCCUGGAGUGUGAGUACGGGUCCUGCAGUCUGGGGGAGUUCCGCUGCACAGAUGGCCGCUGUUUACCCAGAGUCCAGUGGGAGUGUGACGGCCAUCCCGACUGUCUCGACCAAUCAGACGAGCUGCCACACAACCCCAAGUGUUCGGCUGCAGAAAGCUUGUGCAACGGCUCUUUCUUCAUGUGUGUCAACGGCCGCUGUGUCUCGCUGGCCAGCCUGUGUAACAGGAGGGACGACUGUGGGGACGCAUCAGACGAGAGGAACUGUCAUAUCAACGAGUGUUUGAACCGCCGAGUCAGUGGAUGCACACAGGACUGUGAAAACCUAGCUGUGGGCUACAAGUGCAAGUGUUGGCCGGGAUUUCGCUUGAAGAACGAUGGCCAAACGUGUGUUGACAUUGACGAAUGUUCAUCCGACUUCCCCUGUAGCCAGCUCUGCGUCAACACAUACGGAUCUUACAAGUGUCUGUGUGCAGACGGCUACGAGGCGCCAGCUAAGAACUCYCACAGCUGCAGGUCUCUCUCAGCUGAAGAGCCCUUCCUGAUUCUGGCCGACCAUCAUGACAUCAGGAAAAUAAGCACUGAUGGAUCCAAUUACACUCCUCUAAAACAGGGCCUCAGUAACAUUAUAGCAGUGGACUUUGACUACAGGAAGGAGUUGAUUUACUGGAUAGACUCGAGCUCUCCUGCUCUAACCCAACGGAGAAUAAACAGAAUGCGACUGAAUGGGAGCGACCUGAAGGUAAUCCACAGGAUGUCUGCCCCCAGUGCUCUAGCCGUGGACUGGAUAGGAAAGAACCUAUACUGGUGUGACAUAGUGAAGAAGAGUCUGGAGGUGUCCAAGGCUAACGGCCUCUAUCCUGUGGUAUUGGUCAGCACUGGUCUGGACAACCCUACUGACCUGGCUCUGGAUGCAGACACUGGUUAUGUGUUCUGGAUCGACAGUGGAGAGCAUCCCCAUAUUGGGAGGAUAGGUUUGGACGGCAGUAGCCGGACGGUGAUCAGCGAUGCAGACAUAUUCAGCCCUGCAGCUCUCACCAUCGACUACACAGCAAAAAGACUUUACUGGGCUGACUCGCAUCAAAUUCUCUUCUCAAACAUGGACGGUUCAGAAAGACGCAAAGUGCCUAGUCGAGACAUCCGGGAGGUGACGGCGCUGACUCUGUUUGAGGAUGUCAUCUAUUGGACGGAUGAGAAGUCCAAGUCGCUGAACCGGGCCCACAAGACCUCCGGGGCUCAGGGAGCAGAGCUGCUCAGAUACUGGAGAGCCAUCCACAACAUCAAGGUUUACCACCCUCUCCGCCAACCCGACGUGCCCAAACACCAGUGUCAGGUGACCAACGGAGGCUGCAGCCACCUGUGCCUCCUCUCCCCCGGGGGAGGUUACAGGUGUGCCUGCCCCACCCACUUCUACCUGGCUGCAGACAACAAGACCUGCCUGUCCAACUGCACAGCCAGCCAGUUCCGCUGUGGGACAGAUGAGUGCAUCCCCUUCUGGUGGAAGUGUGACACGGUGGAUGACUGUGGGGACGGGUCGGACGAGCCUCCAGACUGCCCUGAGUUUAAAUGCCAGCCAGGGAGGUUCCAGUGUGGGACUGGUCUCUGUGCUCUGCCUCCGUUUAUCUGUGAUGGGGAGAACGACUGUGGGGACAACUCUGAUGAAGCCAACUGUGAAUCCUACAUCUGUCUAUCUGGACAGUUCAAAUGCAGGAAGCGUCAGAAGUGCAUCCCAAUGAACCUGCGCUGUAACGGACAGGACGACUGUGGAGACGGAGAGGACGAGACAGACUGCCCUGAGAGUACCUGUUCUGCCAACCAGUUCCAGUGUAAGACCUCCAUGCACUGUAUCUCAGCCCUGUGGGUGUGUGACGAGGACCCGGACUGUGCCGAUGGAUCGGACGAGGCCAACUGUGAUGAGAAGACAUGUGGUCCUCAUGAGUUCCGGUGCCAGAACAACAACUGUGUCCCAGAACACUGGAGGUGUGAUGGACAGAGUGACUGUGGAGACAACUCAGACGAACAGAACUGCAAGCCAGCCACCUGUCCCUCCAGGGACUUUGUGUGUGACAACGGAGAGUGCAUCUCUGCUCGUUUCCAUUGUGACGGUGACAGGGACUGUGCUGAUAACUCUGAUGAAAAAGGCUGUGAGACGCGCUCGUGCCCUGCGGACCAGUUCCAGUGUCUCAAUCACCUCUGCAUCUCCAACAAGUGGCUCUGUGACGGCCAGGAGGACUGUAAGAUGGGGGAGGACGAGAGGAACUGUCAAGGACCUGCGGUCCUUCCGUCCUGCGCCCUGAGUGAGUAUGAGUGUGUCGGGGGAGGCUGCGUGUCGGCCCGCCUGAGGUGUGACGGCCAGAGAGACUGCUCAGAUGGAUCUGAUGAGGUAGACUGUGUGAGGGAGUGCAGGGAGGAUGAGUUCCUGUGCCUGAACCGAGCUCACUGCAUCCCCAGCCGCUGGCACUGUGAUGCCCUGCCUGACUGUGUGGAUCACAGUGAUGAGCAUAACUGUGUCCAGGCAGCCCACACUUGCCGUGCGGAUGAGUUUAUCUGUACCAACACACUGUGUAAGCUUUACAUCUGGGUGUGUGAUGGAGAGGAUGACUGCGGAGAUAACUCUGAUGAAGACUCCGACAUGUGUGCUAAACUGCCGUGUCCACCGAGCAGACCCUACCGCUGUAGGAACGACAGGGUGUGUCUGCGCUCGGAGCAGGUGUGCAACGGAGUCAACGACUGUGGGGACAUCUCCGAUGAAGAGGACUGUGGUGAGUUCAAUCACGUGAUGCGGACCCCAAGGCCCUGUGGUAAGGUGGAGUUCACCUGCAGUAACCAUCGCUGCAUCCCGCAGGAGCUGCAGUGUGACCUGUUCGAUGACUGUGGAGACGGGGGCUCGGAUGAACAGGACUGCAAAGUGGUUUCCAAGGACGGAGUAUGUGGAGAGAGAGUGGGUCUAUGUGGAGAUGACGCAUUCUGCAAUAAUACAGGAACAGAUUCACUCUGUCAGUGUAAGGCUGGCUUUCAGAGGAGCCAGACGACGAGGCAAUGUGAAGAGAUCAAUGAAUGCCUUCAGUUUGGCAUGUGCUCUCACUACUGCACCAAUACCAAAGGAUCCUUCAAAUGCACAUGUGACCGUAACUUUAAAGAAAUCGACGGUGAAUGUAUAACCAAAGGACCAGAGGAUCAGGUGCUCUACGUUGCUAAUGACACUGAAAUCCGAAGUUUUGUCUAUCCGUUUAAGCAGAGCCACGGACAGAAACUGCAUCCUCGCAUCGAGGACAACGCUAAAAUCAUUGGGAUGGACGCUCUUUUUCACCGACACAAGUUUGUCUGGGCCACACAGUUUAACCCUGGUGGAAUGUUUUACAAAGACAUCGUAGACAGAAGUCUCACUAAGUCAAAUAGCGGAAUCAUAUGUCCUGACUUCAGAAGGCCCAGGGAUAUAUCUGCAGAUUGGGUGACUGGCAACAUUUACUGGACAGACCACUCCAGGAUGCAUUGGUUCAGCUACUACAACGCCCACUGGAGGAGGCUCAGAUAUUCCAUCAACGUGGGCCAGCUGGGAGGGCCAAACUGCUCUCGUCUCAUCACAGACAUCGCCGGGGAGCCUUACUCUAUCACUGUUAACCCAGCUCAAGGGAUGAUGUACUGGACAGUGGUAGGAGACCACUCCCACAUCGAGGAGGCUGCCAUGGAUGGGUCUAUGAGGAGAAUCUUAGUGGAGAAGAACCUCAGGAGACCCAGUGGACUUGCCAUUGAUUAUUUCAACCAGCGUUUGUACUGGGCUGACACAGAGUUGUCUGUGAUUGGGAGCGUUCGGUUCGAUGGAUCGGAUUCUGUGGUGGUGGUGAGCAGCACUCAUGGUCUUUCCCAGCCUGUAAGGAUUGAUAUCUUUGAGGACUAUAUCUAUGGGAUCGGGAUGAGGAAUGAUGUCUUCCGGGUCCAUAAGUUAUGGAAAACAGCCAAUGGAACGGCUCCAUCUGGGAGUAGAGAGACCCUCAUUAUCUUGGUCCUCCAUCGAUUCAAACAGCAAGACGUGUCCAAUCCGUGCCCAAGGAUGGACUGUGAUUUCCUGUGUCUGCUCAACCCUGCCGGAGCCAGCUGUUCCUGUCCUGAGGGGACCACGCUAAUAAAGACUUGCAGGGACACCAACACAUCAGGUGAAAUGUGUCGCCCCGCCUGCGAGAACGGAGGGCGAUGCAUCACCAACGAGAAGGGGGAGCUGCGAUGUUACUGGUGGCCAAAUUUCUCCGGGGAGCGCUGUGAAGUCGACCACUGUAAAGACUACUGUCAGAGGGGCACAUGCUCAGGCUCUUCCAUAGGGCGGCCUACAUGUCGUUGUGCUGUGGGGUUCACAGGGCCGGUCUGUGAGAGGAAGGUGUGUGAUAACUACUGUCUGAAUGGGGGAACCUGUGACGUCAGCAGGGGGAACCAGCCAGUGUGUCGCUGUAUGGCUGAGUUCACUGGGGAGCGCUGUCUCUACCAUAUCUGCCAUCACUACUGUACCAAUUCGAAGGCUUGUACUCUGUCAAGCAAGAGCCACGUGGAGUGUGUGUGCUCAACCAGGUAUGAGGGAGUGAAGUGUGAAGUGGACCGAUGUCUCCAGUGUCGAGGGGCACAGUGUAUUGUCAACCCGGAGACAGACAACGUGUCCUGCAACUGCAGUAACGGCAGAGUGGCAGCCACCUGUCAACUGUGUGAUGGAUACUGUUACAACGGAGGAACCUGUCACCAAGACCCUGAGACCAGCCUGCCGUUCUGCCAGUGUCCAGCUGAUUGGUCAGGUACACAGUGUGAGAGACCUGCCCCCAAGAACAGCCUGUCUGGCAACAUCAGCGGGGGAAGCAUGGCCAUCAUUGUCCCACUGGUUCUGCUGGUGAUUCUCAUCACUACCAUGGCCUUGGGGGUUUUCAUAUGCAAGAGGAAGCAAAGGGGGAAAAUAGUCCAGCGGCAGCCCAUGGUGAAUGGUGGGCUAAACGUAGAGAUCGGUAACCCCUCGUACAACAUGUACGAGGUGGACCACGACAAUCACUCUGAUGCUGGGAAUCACCUUCAGCCAAGCUUCACCCUGGACCCACACAAGGGUUGGUGUGUUGGUGUGAGGUCUAGUCACCUGCACACUCUGUCAGUUCACCCUGACGGAGUUCGUCAUCUCCCGAAGGAGAUCCUUCCUGGACAGGCCAUGAACUACUCCAACCCAGUAUACGCUAAGUUAUACCUUGAUCAGGGACAGAACUGUCGAACGCCCGUCAUCAACAUUGAAGAGAGAAGAGAGCCACUCCCAAAGAAACUGGAGGCAACUAUACGAGAGACAGUUGCAUAGCCUUUUACAGUACGCUAUUGGUAUAAUAUUUUAUAUGAGCUGUAUAAAUGUACAAAAUGAAAAGGAGGAUUUUUAUAUGUCCAUAUCACACUAGAAUUGUCUGUUUUCAUGUCAUGUCUGAGGCAGCAUCAGGCAACACUGCGAUGUGUAUCUUUUGCAUUGCACUGAAAAACAGCACCUGAAAAUGACCUUCCUUUCAACACUUUCCUUCAACUGAAGUAGUCCCUGCUAUGAGGCUUUGAGCUCGCAACUGUUACCAGCCGAUCACUAAUCAAUCGCUAAUCAAUGUGUCGCAAGGAUAGGACAACAACAAAAAAGUGUACUAUGGUGUCACAGCCUACAUUCAUGUAUACGGUAUAUACCUUCUCAAAUGACGAUAAAAGAUGUAACAGAAGUUUUAUAAUUUUAUAUAUGAUUUAUAUAUGUCCAGUUUGGCUUGGAUUUUCUGACAAGAUAUUACGUGUAGUACUUUUAUACAAAACUGUACAGUGCAUCGCUAUGUAAUAAAUGGGGGGUUCUCUUGACCUUUCAAGUAUA